AUGUCCUUUCUGGUUCCAAAAUUAUCCACAAAAUUGUUGGCCAGACCAGCAGUGUCUGGCACUUUAAGAACUUUUGCUUCCACUCCUUUUAGGAGCUACGCAGCUGCUUUUAACCGUUCCAAACCCCAUGUUAACAUUGGUACAAUCGGUCAUGUCGAUCAUGGUAAAACUACUCUUACCGCUGCUAUUACAAAAACCUUGUCUUCCAGAGGUGGUGCUAAUUUCUUAGAUUAUGCAUCUAUUGACAAGGCCCCUGAAGAGAGAGCUAGAGGUAUCACUAUCUCUACUGCACAUGUCGAAUACGAAACUGACAAAAGACAUUAUUCUCAUGUUGACUGUCCAGGUCACGCGGACUACAUUAAAAAUAUGAUUACAGGUGCAGCCCAAAUGGAUGGUGCAAUCAUUGUUGUUGCAGCUACUGAUGGUCAAAUGCCUCAAACCAGAGAACAUUUGUUGUUAGCCAGACAAGUUGGUGUUCAACACAUUGUUGUUUUCGUUAACAAGGUUGACACUAUAGACGAUCCUGAAAUGUUGGAAUUGGUUGAAAUGGAAAUGAGAGAACUAUUGAACCAAUACGGUUUCGAUGGUGACAACACUCCUGUUAUUAUGGGUUCUGCUUUGUGUGCCUUGGAAGGUAGACAACCUGAAAUCGGUGAACAAGCUAUUAUGAAGUUACUAGACUCUGUAGACGAAUACAUUCCAACCCCAUCUCGUGAUUUAGAAAAGCCAUUUUUGAUGCCUGUUGAAGAUAUCUUUUCCAUUUCUGGUAGAGGAACUGUUGUUACUGGUCGUGUUGAAAGAGGUAACUUAAGCAAGGGUGAAGAAAUCGAAAUCGUUGGUCACAACUCUACCCCAUUCAAGACUACUGUUACCGGUAUUGAAAUGUUCAAGAAGGAAUUAGACAAGGCUAUGGCUGGUGAUAACGCUGGUAUCUUGUUGAGAGGUGUCAGAAGGGACCAAAUCAAGAGAGGUAUGGUUUUGGCUAAGCCAGGUACCGUUAAGGCCCACACCAAGAUUUUGGCUUCCUUGUAUAUUUUGAGCAAAGAAGAAGGUGGUAGACACUCUAGCUUUGGUGAAAACUACAGGCCUCAGCUCUAUGUCCGUACCGCUGAUGUUUCCGUUGUUUUGAAAUUCCCAGACACCGUUGCAGACCACUCCCAAGUUGUCAUGCCAGGUGACAACGUUGAGAUGGUAUGUGAAUUGUUCCACCCAACCCCAUUAGAACCUGGUCAACGUUUCAACAUUAGAGAAGGUGGUAAGACUGUUGGUACCGGUUUGGUUACCAGAAUUUUGGAAUAA